AUGAGUCGCGUUCGUACAAAGACCGUCAAGAAGGCAUCCAGAGUGAUUAUUGAGAAAUACUACACGAAGAUCACCCAUGAUUUCCAUACGAAUAAGCGUAUCUGCGAUGAAGUAGCUAUCAUUGGAAGCAAACAAUUAAGAAAUAAAAUUGCCGGGUAA